GGCCACCAUAGCGAGCCGCUUGACUUCUGCUUGGUAUUUUGAUUUGUGUUGGCUAAAUUUCCAUAUUUUGCUUGCUUAGUAUUAAAAUAUUUGUUGAAGUACUAUCUACUAUGGCAGUUUCAGACAUUAAAGAGUUUUCUAAGCCCAUUAGAAAAGGAAUUGUCGAUAGGGGAUGGAUAGCUGAUGCAGUCAGUGUGCGAAAACGAUUUAUUGCUUGUUUUUGCAUGAGAUUUUUAACGACUGUACGCAUUCAGAAGAAGGAUAUAUUUAAAUUAGAUAAAAAAAUCCACAUUCUCGAAAUUAGGAGUUCAGGAAAAUGCAUAACUGCGUAAUCUUUUUGGAGAGUUCUUAUCGAUAAAAAGUUUUAGCCUCUAAUUAAGAGACUAUAAUGAUUAUGCUACCUUAGCACAGUUAGAAUCCUUUACUUUUUGUUGCCUUUUUCUUAAUUCUAUUUUCUCUUCUUUUUGAUUGAUAUUUGAUUAAUUUUUGUCUACCCUUUUUACAAGAAAUUGUGUUCAUACCUUUAUUUCUUUUUGGUUAAUUUCUGUGAAGUAAAAAUGCUUUGAAUAGCAGGAAAUAAAAUAACAAUUUCAACAUCAAAAAUCAAGAAAAUGAUUGUCAGCCUCUUUUGAAAAAAACGUUUAUGAAAACCUUGCCUGAUACUGCACUUCUCAAUGCUACCGUCCACAUUGAAACACUUGGUGAAGUCCAGAUUCCUGUAUCUCUACAGGAUAUUGACAAACUAAAAACAGUUUCCGGGGAGUUAUCUUAUGGAAGAGGAUGCAGCAUUCCUCUCGAAAACUCUUUAAGAUUAGCAAAGGAGAUAACAAUGCCGAAAGUGCUCUUUUCAACUCAUGAGAGUUAUGACAUUUGGUCAAUUGUUGGAUGCCAUCUACGGCUACCUGUUGAUGUUAUAGAUGUAGAAAUCAAGCUGACUAAAUUAUUGUUAUAUGAAGCUGGCGGCCAUUACAAAGAAAUAGUCUGUGAUCCCAAACAUUGUGGAACUUUUGGUACGGUGAUUCUUCAAUUACCUGUUGAAGGUGGUCAACUGGUCAUGAAGGCGGAGGAAAUGAACAAAUCAUCUUUUAGACACGCAAUGAAACCGGAAGCGCUGGAGCGCCCCGGAAAAAGCCAAUAAAAAAAGCAACAGCAGAAGAGAGAGAGUUCUAAAGAACAAUGAUGAAUUAACACGCAAGUUAUAAGAAAGAUCAAUUCAAACGUUUAAAUCUUGAAAAGUAUAUCUAGCAUCUCCGUCGGGAGUCGGGACGGUGCUCUCUUCCAUUAGCGCUCAACAUCAGAGACCAAGGGAUUCUCUCUGACUUAUUUAACUGGCAGUAGAAAGUUGCUGCCAACACGGGCUCCAUCACUUCCGAUUUACUGUUCUUCCCGGUAAUAUAUAUACAAUAUCAUCCAAAAGGGUAUGCAGCAGUCAUCGGAAUGUAACACGCUCACAUUGUCCCCGUAUAGCAUAUAAGAGUAGAGAGGGUACAUGUUGUACAUAUAUACCGGGUCAUGAAAUAAUACUGAUCGCAUACUCAUCUGGACUUCCUAAAUGAAAGUUAUAUUCUCUUUUUCGAUUAGAACCAAGUA